UCGUAAAAAAAACAAAAAACAAAAACGCUGCUCGGUUGUAUUAAGGAAUACUUCAAUAUUACUUGUUAGUUGCUAUGUUGAUAGAAUUUAGCAAAAUGUGCGGGCAUAUUAAAACAUGACUUUGUUUAACUCGUUCGGCAACUAAGGACCAUCUUCAUCUGGGUAACAUCUCUGUCACCUAAACCUGACAGCACCUUCAGGACGUUCAUCCGACAGGGCAGAGAAGCGAGUGCCACAGGGGAUGGAUGGAUAUCCGGUGAAGAUCGUAGAGGCAGUGUGUCUUGGAGCCAGCGUCGUACUCUCCGGCAUGUGCUUCUAUAUGUACAGAAAGAGCCGCAAAGAAGUGGAAAAACUUGAUGAUGCUCCUCGCUUCAGCAUCAAUGGGAACCUGAAGCACCUUUUAAAAGUGUCUCCUGGAAAUUGUCUCCAGUAUGCUGUGGUUGAAGGUACGGUCCAGGCAACCACUGAGCCACUGCCUAGUCAGUUCCAAAAAGAUACAGUUGGAGUGUUGCAGAGGUUCAUGCUGAGAGAACACAGGCUGUUGUGGAACGGGAUUUCACACUCAUGGAUGGACAGUGAGCGAGUCUUGUUCCUGAGGGAGAAUGCAGUGCCCUUCGUUCUAAUGGGCGUAGAUGAGACCAGCAUCAAGGUCAUUCACCCCCUGCAAUCCUCUGGCGUGCACAUGGAGAUCACCUACGAGAGGUUCCACCAAAGUAACUAUGGUCUGGGGGACAUUUUGGGUCAGUACCUGAGCGGGGAGAAGCUGAAAGGACAACUGGAGACAGAAGAAAUGCUCAAGGUUGGGACCACGCUCACGGGUAUCGGGAAGCUAGUUCUGGACAGAGAUGGUGCCAUUAACCUUGAACCGCCUUCUAAUGGAUGGCAGUACUUCUUGAGCAUCACAGACUUUGACACGCUGAGAGAGAGCCAGGCAAUCGCUGCUGGGAGAUGGAAGUCUCUCGCGGUUAUCUCCGCCGUAGCCGGGGCUGUGCUCCUCCUCUGGCUGGCUCAGCGUUACUACUGCCAUCUCAAGCUUCAGAGGGAGAGGGAGCAAGCACGCAGAGACUUUCUGAGCAGACAGACUGAUGCGGCCAGAGGUCCUGACGCACCGGAGACAGAGGAGGAGAUUGAAAACGCUUGUUUGAUCUGCCUCAGUCAGCCUCGCAACUGUAUCCUGCUGGACUGUGGACACGUCUGCAUCUGCUUCCACUGCUCAGAGUCUCUGACCCAACGCAGGUGUCCUAUUUGUAUGCAGAACAUCAGCCGAGUGAUCCCGAUCUACAACGCCUGACCCGACAUCAUCGACACCGCCACUGGGGUGAUCCUUACAGAAGACUUUUUCAAGAUCCGCUCUUCGACUUGUGCACUUUCUGGUGCGAUACAGGAAAGUGAAGGGAAACUGUGAAUAUUAUUUUAUUGCUUUCAAGGUGUGCCUUCUCUAGCAAUAUCCACUUCAGAGAAACCUUUUUAUUUUGGUCCACUUGAAAUGAGGCCCUCAUUAAACCUUCU